AUGCAGCGGCGCAAAUCCGCGCGAAACCAGAAGCCCGAGCCGACACCUGGGCAAGAAUCCCCCGCGCCAGUCAAGGAAGCUGUCAAGGGCAGGAGAAAGGACACACCCGUCAAGGAGAAACAAGCAGAGUCUUCACCUGCGCCCGCACCACCUCCGCCGCUGCCCACCAAACUUACGGCCGGCCAACCAAUUCCCACCGUCAAAGAACCACAGCCCGCGGACCUGCCAGAGUCGGAUUGGCAAUCGGUAGUAGAAAGUGGCGUCUUAAAAGCAGCACUCGAGAGAUCGCGACAAAAAUGGAUGACCCCCGGCAUCUUCGAGCUCUACUACAGCAAGGCGGGGAAAAAGAAGCUACCGAAUAAGGGCAAGAAUAAAGAGGAAGAUAAGGACAAGGCAAAAGACAAGGACGGCAAGGACAAGCCGAAGGACGGCGGCGCAGAUGCUGCUAAGGAAAAGGAACCGUCCGAGACUCUGAAGGCGAAGCAGAUGAAGCGCGAGGGCAAUUGCAAGCUCUACAUCGAUCCACACCAAUGGGACAUCACGAUAUGGACCAUGAGGGAACAUACUGCUCCACCUCCGCCAAAGCCGAAGCCUGCUCCACCUCCGCCAUCGUACAACCACCAACAAGGCUACUACUACGGCGGCGGGUACGGCGCUACACACCCAUACCAACAUUACCACCCAUAUCCUCCACAGCACCCGCCGCAUCCUCCGCCAGUUCGCAAGCCGCCUCCGCCUGCAGCACCGAAUCCACCUCCGCCGAGUCGACCUUCCCAGACACCCGAGUCAAGCGCUGCGGCAUCUAAGCCAGCACCCGAUCCAGUCAUCCACAUGCUCGCUGAGCGUGCAAAUACAAAUUUCAAGCUGAGGGAUAUCAUGAAGAUUGUAGCAAGAGGAGACGCUACAAAGGAACAGCUGGAAUAUUUCCAGUCGCACAUCAACGAGCUCACCGAGAGGCUCGAGGCGCAGAAGAAGGCACAACAAGCGCAAAAACCACCGGCACCACGGCCCGCCCCUCCCUCAGCCCAUGCUGGCCCGGCCCCGGCCCCUUCGCCCGCUCAAGCCAGUCCCAGCCCUGCACCGGCUCAUGGCAGUCAAGCUUCUCCAACCGCCCAGGCCACCCCAGCUCCACAGCCCGUGCAGCCCACUCCGGCGCAGCAACAACAACCAGCAGCCUCUUCCCCGCAGGCAACGUCGUCACGGCCUCCUUCUUCUCAUUCUCAUCCAGCACCACCACCAGCAUCCGCACCAGCCACCGUCGGUGCCAACCUACCACCUCCCAGCCCCGCAACGCCGACACCAGCAAAGAUGCCCCAACAACCGCCGAUGACAUACUACACACCACCGCCCCAACCCGGACCGUACGGCCACUUUCCGCCUCCCCCACCACCACCACAUCAUCCCCCGCAUCAGGCUCAUCCUGCUCCUCCUCCCCACCACCAACCCGUCCAACCCGCCGCCGCCCAUCACAACCACCCACCACCACCUCCCACGCCCCACCAACAACCACCGCAUCAUCAACCACCGCCACAACCCACCUACCGCGCCCUCUGCAUCGACUUCAACACCAACGGCGACCGCCUCCUCUUCCCGCGCGAAACCAUCCUCGAGGCGCUGCCGGGCAACCAGGUGCUAGCCUCGUUCCUGAAGGUCGUCAAGGUUGGCGACGAUGCUGCCUCGGCGGCCAACAACAAGACGCAGACGACGACGACGCAGAGUCCGUCGCCGUACUACAAGCCCGGCAAGGAAUACUAUCAACCUAUUACUGUGCGGUUUCGUGCGUCGGGGUCGGGGUCGACGGGGGCGGCGGGGGGAGGAGUGGGAGGAGCAGCAGCAGGGGUUGGGGAUGGUCACAGCGUCCUGCAGUGCCUUUUUCGUUGGGUCAAGCCGCAGGAGGAGGUGAGGAAGUACAUGGAAGAAAUCAUGGAUCGCGCGGAGCCGGCGGAGGAGGUGGAGUUGGCGGCGCGGUUGCCGAGGGAGGGGGUGGUUGUGCAGGUGCAGGGGCAGGAGGGGACGGUGGCUGGGGCUGAGGGGGGAGGUGGGAAGGCAGCGGCGGCGGCGGUGGGGGCAGUGAAGGAGAGCGUGGAGAGGGUGGGGACGCCGGUGGGGGAGAGGGAUAGGAAGAGGAAGAGAGUGCGUUGA